AUGUUGCUCUCAUCCACCUUUGCCGGGCUUAUAGCCCUCGCCUACGCCCUGCCCAGCGAGACAGAUUCUCGCCGAAGUCCUCCGUGUCGCUUUGCGAAUAAUUGGUCUCAGAAGGAUGUUCUUCAAUACGCGGACCGCUUUGAAUGGGACAUGCUCUACUGGGAAGGGCGCUUUCAUCAGGACAAUGUCGGCUACAAUGUCAAGAAUGGCAUGACCUAUGAUGGCACUCAACUCAAUUGGACAACGGGCGAGCGAACUAAGGUUCACCCGUUUAGCGCCGCUAGCAAGGAGUCUCUCCAGAUCAUGCUCUACGCACACGCCAUUGCCGGUGAUCGCAAAGCAGCACGAUUCCUCUCGCCCGAUGCGCCGGCUAACGCCCCUGCUAUUGCAGCGUCAAUUAUGCAAACAAAGCUCAAGACAUACCUCCAAUUUAACCAGACCUAUCCUGGAUUUGGUGGCUUCCUGCCCUGGAUGACAACCAGUGGGCAGGACGUAACGCCUACAUGGGACUGGGUCAAUCGCGUUCCUGGCUUGGACAAUGGUGAGCUUCUCUGGGCUGUAUAUGCCUGCAUCAGCGCCCUGGAACAAAGCUCCAGCCGUUCCAACCACCAGCUCGCUGCCGACUGGCAAAAGUGGUUCGACUAUGCCAAAACCACCGUAGCCAAAGUCUUUUACAUAGGCGACGGACAUGUUUGCGCAGUUACCAAGAUUGCAAACCAGAGCCUGCCUGUCAAUGACCCCAAGCAGACAUAUGGCUGCGAGAGCCCUGCAUAUCUCGACGACCCAUACGAGGGCGAGCUGUUUACGUACUUUAUCCAGUUCUUUGGAAAACUAUCUUCUCAAGAAAAAGCAAAGCUUUGGACUGCCAAGAGAGCCAAGCUUGUCAGUGUUGAGUACGAGAUGGACGGAGUCGGUCCUAUCACCGUGGAGCAAGGAUACUGGUUUUCUGCCCAUGAGCCCUGGAAGGUGCUGGAGCUUCCUUACUUUGACGUCGACAUUAUUAAGCGUAUUCACCACAACAUGGAGAGAGCACGAACAUGCAACUCGGCCGUGACCAAGACACCUGGACUGUUUGCAUCAGUCAACAACUCAACAGAUCCAGCCACUGAUGAAAUCAUCGGCUACAUCUCUCCAGCCGGCAUCGUAUCUAUUGCCAGCCAAAAAGACCAGUACCACGAUGUCAUCACCCCGUACGGCGCGUGGCCCGUCAUGAUGUUUGACAAGUCUGUCGGGCUUGCCUGGUGGAACAGCAUGGUCCAAGGCAAGAAGAUGCAGAAUCCUUAUGGAAGCACAGAGUCCUCCCGCGUGGACGGCAAGCUCGUCUCGGCUCUCGUUACCUGGGACAGCAAAGUUACCACUGUCAUGGGCCUACUUGGUGGUGUGAGUGACUUGGUCCGCCCCAAAAUGAAGGCCGACGGUAUCUAUCGCGAUUUUAUCAACAUUGCACAGCGAGAAUACUCGCGCGUCUUUCCAAGCCUCAAGGGAGAAAAUGUGAAACUUUGCCUGCCGUCACAGAAGCUGCCCGACGCGGGUCUGAAAGACUUUACCUUGUGCAAAUGA